AUGUGGAUUAUUAACUGGUUCUACGAUGUCCUGGCAUCCCUGGGCCUUCUCAACAAACACGCCAAACUUUUGUUCCUUGGACUUGAUAAUGCCGGAAAGACUACUUUGUUGCAUAUGUUGAAGAAUGACCGAGUGGCCAUUCUGCAGCCUACUGCUCAUCCGACAUCGGAGGAACUGGCCAUUGGAAACAACCGAUUCACCACCUUUGAUCUCGGUGGUCACCAGCAGGGCCCGCCCCUAACAAGCAGUGAUCAAACAGCCCGUCGCCUCUGGAAAGACUACUUCCCCGAAGUCAGCGGCAUCGUCUUUCUGGUCGACGCCAAGGACCACGAGCGCUUCCCCGAAUCCAAAGCCGAGCUCGACGCGCUCCUAGCCAUGGAAGAACUCUCCAAGGUCCCCUUCCUGAUCCUCGGCAACAAGAUCGAUCACCCGGAUGCAGUCAGCGAGGACGAGUUGCGCCAUCAUAUGGGUCUGUGGCAGACAACGGGUAAAGGCAAAGUGCCGCUAGAGGGCAUUCGGGCUAUUGAGGUUUUUAUGUGUAGUGUUGUUAUGAGACAAGGAUACGGAGAGGGUAUCAGAUGGCUCUCUCAAUAUGUCUGA